GAGAGAUGGGGGAUGUCUCACUGGUUGCUAAGGGCAACGGGGUGAUAUAGAUGGUGUGUAUUUGCUGAACCCCAGCUGCGCGUCUCUUAAUACUGCUGCGACCCUCACGUCCCCGCGCAAUUCCAGACACUGGCUUGGCUGCUUUCAGGCGAGAGGAGACGAGAAAGGAUUUGAUUUGCGUCUUUCCCUGUCUGGGAUCGAUUAUUACCUUUCUUUCAUACGCAAUAACGGAUUUACCUUAACGAGCACGAGGAUUACAGUUCCUCAUCUCUUUGGAUCACCUGGAAACAUCAUAUGGAUCUCUGUAUUCUGAAGAGAACCCGUUUUGGAUUAUUCUCAGUGUCAAUUCAUGAUCAAUGAACUUUGCUGCAUUAGACAGAAAAGAAAUUGCUACCCCUGAAGUGUAGGAUCUUCUUAUACUUUUAUUGACAUGGCAGCUGUAACAUGCAACGACCCUGUUGAGGAAGAUGGCUUGGAGGGAGCCGAAAUGAAACCCAUAAAUUUGGAAUCCUCCACAGGACAGUCUGAAGAACAGAAGCCCACUGAUGAAGUAACACAAAGCACAGAGCAACAGCUGGGUGACGGAAAAACCAAGCCGACCUCAGAGAAAAUCUGGGGCUCUUUCCUAAAAAACAGUGGGAAGCUGGGUAAAGUAAUGGUAGGGAAGAAAAAGAAAGACAUAGGUAAUACAGAGGCAAAUGUGGAAGGUCCGGAGCAGGAAAAGUCCACAGCUCUCUGCCCAGUCAAAGAAGGGGAGGAGGGAUCUUUACCUCCAUCAUCCAGUGCGGAAGGUUCUGGGCCACAAAAACAGUGCAACAAUAAAGAACCAGAAAAGCAGGAGGAUGAGGCGACUGCGAAAGAACAAAAGCCAUCAAGCUCUAACAAGGAUGUUAAGCCAAAGCAGGGUGAGAAGUCUAGUGUGCGGGAUUUCAUCCGCAAGCCUGUGUCCAGAAUUUUCUCACACAAAAGCACAGAGAAAAAAGACUUGGCCAAUGAAGCUCAGACAGAGAAAAAGACUAGAUCCAGAUCUCUAGACAGAAUGGAAGACACCGAAGCCUGCUGCAGUGCAACAGAUCCAACUGAUGAUUCAAAAGCAGCUGGGGAGGCACACGGGUUGAUUCCUCAUGAAAGGAAAGCCUGGCAUUCUUUUAAGAAGUUUAUGCCACAGAAGAAUGUCAAGAAAAGCAAUGAGGAUUCCAAGGAUUUGGAAGGAGCAGAGGCUUCACAUGGCGACGCUGGAGAAUCCGAGUCAAAGGUGGAUCAUACCGGGCAGAAAAAAUGGAAAUUGAAAAGAUCAUGGACGUUCCAAGGGCUGAAGAGAGACCCGUCUAUGACUGGCAUCCAUAAAUCAAAGGGUGCUGAUAAAGGAGAACAGAUCACUGGGGAUGUAGAUCAGGGGACUGUGGCACUCUGUGAAGACGGCAAACUUCCAGGGGAAGCGGAAGCAGAAGAUAAGGCACAUGCAGAGCAAGAGGAAGAAGUUUCUACUACGCAGCGCGCAAAAUCAACAGAUCACCAUGCCAGUGAAAUCUGGACUUCAUUCAAGAAGCGAGUGACACCUAAGUCAAAGAAGUCAGUGGAUCACGUCACUGUCACUGAGGAAGACCAGACAGAUGCAGAUGAGCAUAAUGAGGCACAAGCUUGUCAAGAAGAAGUAAAAGUUUCCAAACAAACAGAGAAAAAGACUCAUUUCAACAGAGCUGUGUCACUAAAAAAUUUUCUCCUGCGCAAAGGGAAAAGUGCCAGUAUGGACAUCGGAGAAGCCGUCGUGGAGCAAAAGGAUGGCAAUGGAGAAAGUGCAGGUGAUGCUCCUGAUGACAAAGAUGGUAAAGUAAGGGAAUGUGAAAGCCAAAACCUUGAAAAUGUCAAGCAUGAUGAAGACUCUGCUAAUCAGAUGACUGUGAGUGAUCUCCCAACUGGGAAUGAAGAAGAAAGUGAAGUAAAGGCCAACAAAAGCACUAAUGAAGAAGAAAAGCACUCCGACCUUGAGCCGAAACCACCAGAGAACCCACCUCAAGCAGCAGCUACAUCACAGGACAGUUCCAGUGUUAAUGGAACCGCAAGCAAAGAAGUUUGUCAGGAGAAUGAAUCCAGCCCUGAAGACAAUUCCAGUAUUCCAGAGGUAGAAUGUGCUCAGUCCAGUGCUGAGGGAAAAGAGGAAAGCAUACAGGACACUACAGGACAUAAAACAGUUUCCCUGGAAAAUGCAGAGGAAGAAAUUAAUAAAGUGGAAACAUGUCAUCAAGAAUCUGAAGUGCAGGAUGAGAAUGAUUGCUCCAGCAGACCAAAAGAUGACGAGAACCUAAACCAAGAACAGCCCUCUGAUAGCAAGCACUCUUCUGAUAGUCCAGCACCUUAAAGCGCAGAAAGCAGCAAGGAAGGUGAAAGGUGGUCAUCCAAGAAGCACCUGAUCAGCGUUGGAUUCAUUCAACAAGGAUCUUUUCUGUUAAAAAGGGAAUUAUCACAUUUACGUUAUGAUUUGUUGUGGUCAGAAUGAUGCAAUACAUCAAAAAAGUAGAAUCUCUAAAGCAAUAAUUCGUGUGUUAGAGCAGUUUGUUUCAUCAUGCACUUUUAAAUGUUUGCUUGUCCACUAGUAAAGAUAUAUUGUCCGAAUCUUGUCAUCUUUGUUCCAUCAAAUGUUUGUUACAACAGUUGCUUUCAGAUCAAAACAGUUUUUGACUCCUGUUUCUUUUGUGUUUUUUAAUAGACAAUACUCCGUGAUACAAGGAACAUAUGUAGAUGACCCAAUUUGUUCAGUAUGAAACGUAUUCUGGUCUCUGUGUUAACGUUUUAGACUGUUAUCUUCUCAACAUAAAUAAACCCUCAAAAUAUGAACACGA